GUCGUCGGUAACUGAAAACGGGCAUUUCAGGGCACAGCAAGUUUUGGCUCGGGGUGGGGCAAGCGUGAUUUACUACUACCAACUAUCUACUCACUUUCUUGGUAUACUUAAAAGAAAAUGGCGACAACGGCAACAACUACCUCGACACAACCACCUCCAUUUGUACAUUACUAUUGCGCUUGCCCCGAUCUAAGUGCCAACAACAGUGCACCCCAUCAGGAUCUACGUCGGUCACCGGAAACAACUGCAACGAAAAAGGACACGGAAUCUUUGGACGACAAGAGUAGUAUUACCACCACUACUACUACACCUACAAGCAGUACGAAUAGUCUGUCUCACCAGCAACAACACCUUUUAGGAGAUCGCAAUAACAACAACACCAUUAAUAUUGUUGCAUCCGCUACUGGACGACACUUACUCUCAACGCAAGCUUCUAAUUACCUAUACCCACUAUCACGACUUUAUUUCUGUGAAGAUUGUCACCAAAUCCGUUGUCCAUCGUGUGUCCAAGAUGAGAUUGUCUCGUAUUACUGUCCCAACUGUCUAUUCGAGGUGCCGACAGCGAGUGUGAAGAGUGAAAAGAACAGGUAAAACACUGGGUCUGUGGGAUGAUUGGAAAGGGUACUACACAUACGCGCGCAAAAGGGUGUUAGGGUGGAACGCACAGGGCGCGCGCGCGCGCGCGCUCCCGCUCACUCGCGUAUAGAGUACCUGACACCAUGCCUUAUCUCGCUCGCUCAAUUCCCCCCCCC